CUAAUUGAUUUAAUUAUUGGAUCUCACCUUAAAUCAAACCGAAAGAUAUUUAGUCCAUUUAAAAAAAAUCUUUUACAAUAAGUAUCUUAAUAAUAAAGCUUAUUAUUUACUUGCUUGUCUGAAAAUUGGAAAACAGAUUCCUAUAGAAAAGGAAAGCAAAUUAAAGAACAAAAAAGGAGACUUAAUAAAAAGUUAAAUUAUUAAAAAACCCACAAACUGUUGUCUGACAAAGACUCAAAUCCUGCCUAGCCGCGGCUUUAUCUGCAGCAACCAGAUCAAACAGAAAAAGAGGAAAGAAAGAACGAAACAUCACAGCAUUCUUCUUCUCCCUUCGCCACCCACACCCCACCAAAGAUAGAAGAACCAAAAGAGAGAAAUAGCUAAGAAGAAGAAGAAGAAAGUUUUCAGUUCUGUUCUGACACACAUACAAUUUUCUCUAGAAUUCCUCACCUGGGUGUUGUUGUUCAUCUCUCUUCAAUCAAUCCAACCUCAUCAAGGUUCUCCACCCACCAUACCUUUUUCUUUCCUAAUCUUCCCCAACUCUGCUUGCUGGUAAUUCUAAUCCUGUUUCAUCAAAUUCCCCAAAGUCGUUUCCUUUUUCCCAAUUCUUCUUUCUUCUGGUUUUCUUGGUGUCAGUCACACUACCAUGCGAAGCUCUACUUCUUGCAUAAGGCCCCAAAUGUCUGAAGUCUAGACCUUUUUCUGGAUCUGGGAAGUCUGAAUUGUUUGGAGUGGAGUGUGAGGCAAAAUCUGAGGUUUUGGGGAGUUGGGUUUAGCUCAGAGGACUGGUAGAUGUGAAGGGUCUCUGUGAGUUUUGAUAGAUGGUGGUGGUUUCCAUUGACUUGGUAUAUAGAGUGGAGGAGGUUUGUUAAAGCUAUGGGAUCUACUAACUUGAUGAAUUAUAAAGGGGAGUUCAAUUUGGAAGAUAGGCUGUUGAUUGAUCCUAAGCUGCUCUUUGUUGGACCAAAGAUUGGUGAAGGUGCUCAUGCCAAAGUUUAUGAGGGAAAGUAUAAGAAUCAAACUGUGGCAAUUAAAGUAGUUCAUAGAGGGGAAACACCAGAGGAGAUUGCCAAGAGAGAAGCACGGUUUGCCAGGGAGAUUGCAAUGUUAUCCAAAGUGCAGCACAAGAACCUGGUCAAGUUCCUUGGUGCUUGCAAAGAACCAGUCAUGGUGAUAGUAACUGAGCUUCUGCUAGGUGGGACGCUACGAAAGUACUUGCUGAACAUGCGGCCGAGGUGCUUGGAGAAGCAUGUUGCAAUUGGUUUCGCUCUCGAUAUUGCUCGUGCGAUGGAGUGCUUACACUCCCAUGGGAUCAUUCACCGUGAUCUUAAACCCGACAACUUGCUGUUGACAGCAGACCACAGAACAGUAAAACUUGCAGAUUUUGGUUUAGCAAGAGAAGAGUCAUUAACCGAGAUGAUGACUGCCGAAACAGGAACAUAUAGAUGGAUGGCCCCUGAGCUUUACAGCACGGUAACAUUAAGGCAUGGUGAGAAAAAGCACUAUAAUCACAAGGUGGAUGCUUAUAGUUUUGCAAUCGUAUUGUGGGAGCUUGUCCAUAACAAAUUACCUUUCGAAGGCAUGUCCAAUCUACAGGCAGCUUAUGCUGCUGCUUUCAAGAACGUUAGACCCAGUGCCGAAGACCUCCCCGAGGAGCUGGCCUUAAUAGUAACCUCAUGUUGGCAAGAGGAUGCAAAUGCCAGGCCGAACUUCUCCGAGAUCAUACAGAUGCUCCACCGAUACCUCACCACCGUAUCGCCAGCAGCACCUGUGAUCCCAGCUCGGAUGUAUUCAUCCGAGAACAAAGUCCUGGCCCCCGAUUCACCGGGCGAAAGCUCUCUAAUGGCUGCAAGAGAUUACCCAGGUGACACCCCCAAAACCCAGAAUGGAGAAGAAGAUGACAAGCCUAGUAGAGGCUUCUUCUUCUGCUGUUAAUGAUAUCGUGAAAUGAAAUCGCUCCAAAAAAGGCGCAACAUUUGAAGUCAUUUUGGAGUACAAAAAAAAAAAGGUUUACAUCUUUGAUGACAGGAUUAUAAACCCCAAAAACAAACUUAGUUGUAGCAGCAGCAAAUGGAGAAAGGGAGCUCUGGAAUAGUAGUCAUGGUGGAGAUCCCACUUUUUCCUUAAAAGUGAAUAUUAGCAGUUCUUUUUUGUCUGUUCUUCUGACUCAGAAAUAUUUUAUAUGUCAUAAUAUCCUCUCAUGUCUGUAAAAGGGAUGAAAGGAAGCAUAGUUUUGGGAUCAGGGAGGUGGAGGGGUUGCACUUUGCUGGUGCCUGGUAGUGAUGGUGGUAGUGGGGAGAGUGAUGUAUGAUUAUUAUUAACUCAAUUAAUCAAAUGUCUGUGUAAUAAGAAAAGGUUCCUGUAAUAAGGAACUUCUUUUCCUUCUUCUUCCCAUUACUGUUCUUGUUGUUCAUUGUUUGGUCUUCUGUUGGUGCUGUUGAAUGUUGAUAAUGAGGAAUGGAAUAGAAAGUAACAGUCUUUUCCCUAUUAAAGGACCAUCUGGUUCUGGUCUUAUUUUGGUUAAUUUGUCAAUUCUUUGCUUUGAAAUCAUGGAAUGGAAUGGCCUGAAAGUCUCACCCAAGUUUGAAUCUUUGUACCUUCUGUUUUGUGCAUCAAGUUGUGACUUUAACAGUGGCUUUCAUGUUUGGAUUAACCAGUGGGCUUUUUAUGGUUGACAAGUGCGCUUUUCCAUGGUGGAGAGUGGAGAUACUCGGCCCAAAGUUUGGUGGGUUGAUCUCGGCGACUGCUCUGUUUUCGAAAUAAGAUAGGCCCAUAUCCAAUAAAGACAAAAAUGAAAAACUCGCCGUUGCCGGGGAUCGAACCCGGGUCACCCGCGUGACAGGCGGGAAUACUUACCACUAUACUACAACGACCUUGAUAUUAAUGCGCUCACAAAAUAAUUUAGGAACGUUAAAGGACCACUUACCUCCAUAAGUACAUGUAUGAAAUAAAAAAUGUAGUAAGUGAGAGAGAGUUUAGGGAGCGGACAAUUAUCCCAUAAAAAAUGUAGUAAGUGAGGGAGAGUUUAGAGAGCGGACAAUUAUCCCUUCCUCUGUGGGCUUGAGGGAUUAAACACUUAAAUAUAGUACGUCAGGCUUCUGUAUAUAUAUAGGCUUAUUCGAUACACUCACAAAAAUGAAUGUAUAUUGUGCACCCAACUCUAAAAGUAGGUAUAGGACACUGAAUUUUGGCUUUUAAUCGAGAGCAUUAUUCUAAUAUGAUGAUACAACGUAGGAUAGGAUCACAACAAAACAAUGCAUUGCCCUAAACUCUAAACCUUCAAAUUUGAAUCGUAACCCUAAUCUCCAAAUUGCAUACCCUAAAUUCCUAAACUCUGAAAUCUUCAUAUCAUUUCCUUGUCUAUCGAAAUUCAUGCAUUUUCUUGUCCAUUAUAUCACAAGUGACCUAUAACACCGUUUUACGUGAUUCACCUACUCAAAAUGUGCGGGUGCAUCAUGAAUGCACCAUAGACAAAACCUUUUAUAUAUUUAUAUAUAUAUAUAUAUGGUGGCGUAUACGGUGCACCCACUUUUUCGGGUGCACUCAGUGCACCCGCCUCAUAAUUAUCAUUCUGAGCAUGCGAUUCAUAUCAAAACGGUAUCAAUUGUAGCUUAUGAUAUUAUGAACAAGAAGCACAUAAAUUUGAAAAAAAUUCAUUCCAAAUUCACUUUAAUUCGAAGGAUUUAGGAUUAGGGAUUUAGGGUUAGGGUUUAGGUUUACAAUUUGGGAUUUUGGGUUGGGAUUCAAAAUUGAAGGUUAAGGGGAUAUGGUAAUGGAUUGAUUUGUUAUGAUUCUAUGUCAUAUCAUCAUAUUAUAUUGAGAGUACUAAUUAAAGUUCAAAAUCGAUGUAUUAUGGACGCUUUUAGAGUUGGGUGCACUGAGUGCACCCAAAAAAGUGAGUGCACCGAAGUAGCCACCAUAUAUAUAUAUAUAUAUAUAUAUAUAUAUACCAUGUUAUCCGGUUGUUAUCUGGUUGUUAGUACUUUGAUGAGAUCCGAACAAUCUCAAUGAUCAAUCAUUAUUUUCUAUUAAAUUGAACUUUGAGUUCCGGUUUGAUUUAAUUUACAUAUUAAAUCCCAUAUGUAACAUCCAACUAUUUUUACUUAAAAAGACUACUUCUGUUAUUGUGAAAUUAAACAGUGCUGUCUUUGCCUUAAUUCUCAUGAUUUCUGUCCAAAGAUUCAGUCAAGAUCUCUCUUCUAAUAUAUAUCAAUGCUUCUACAACAAGAUGAGAUCUUUUCAUUCGUGGUGGUCUUUUGACAGAGAUGUUUUGUUCUUAUUACAUGUUGAAGCUUGACUUAUAUGCAUUAAUGCGAUUGAUCAACGUUAGAUACAAUUAUGAUGGUCGACAGGAUUAGCUUGCAAUAAAUUUGAUGGUUGUUGUACUUGGUGCAAAUCAAUCCUCGGGUGUAGAUGGUGCAUGUCGAGAUUUCUCCGAGAUGCUCUAGGUCUAGGAUAUUGGUAUAAUGGCUCACUCAUAAAUGGUGUUGGUGAUUUGGGUGUCUCGAUCUGCCUAGCUCCACUCCCAUUCAAAUCCCCUGUCUUCCAAAUCUGAAGAAAUCUAAUGUCAUGGUGCAUGUGUGUCCUCAAUCUUUAGUCCUCCGGCCUUAGAGUUUAUUUAUGCAUCGUGCCCUCAUCAUCCUCAUGAGCGACUUGGAUUUUUUUUGCCUACUCAUACCUAUAUCCGUCAUGCCUUGUACAUUAAUACUUGUGGAUAUUUCUACAUACACUCGUCGUUAAUUAUUAGUAUAUGUAUAUCCUAAACUAAUACAUAAAAACAAUAAAUAUCAUAGGUCACCUAACAAAGUUAGCUAACUUUAUCGACAAGCAAAGAAGAAGGGUUUUCCAAUAGAUCGUGGAGGCCCUGUUCUAAAAUUAAGAUGUGGUCCAAAUUGACUUUUACUUACAAUCAAAUCAAAAUGAUAAUAUCAUCAUCAAAUGAAAUGUAAUAUAUUUCUAACAUUGUUCAAAAUAAAAUUAUCUAUUAUCUAUGUAAUUUUCGUUCGUAUUCUUCAUAAGAUAUUCAGAUCAUUUCAAUUGUUAUCAUAGCUAUUCCAUUAAUAUUUUCUUGCAUUGUUUUCUAAUAUAAAUAGGGUUUUUGUAACAUGAGCAAUACUUUAACAAUCAAUUUACGUGUCUAGUGUAUAUAUACAUGAAAAUAUUAACCAUUGACUAACACCAAUAUUAAUUUAUAUAAUUAAACUCGUCAUCAUACUCAUAAUCAAUUAAUUAUACAUUACAAU